GUCGACUUGGACCUUCCAGGCAGUUUAAUCGAUCGCUGAUAUUCGGGAUUUAACUUCACACGAAGAGACCCGGUUAACGGCUGAAAUGACGGUCGCGCGGUUAUUAUCUCGAGCUGUUGUCGUCAGCAGAGGUGGAUCCAGAUCUGCAUUUACAAGCUCCAAACCCGACCCUACCAAACCCAACUGGCUUCGGGUGGGUCUGGCCUUCGGAUCCUCUGCUGUCCUCUGGGGCCUGCUUUUCAAACAGCACAGCUCAGACGUGCACGAGUACAGAGUGAGAAACGGCCUGCAGUGACCUGAGCGGCGGCAGGACAGGUGUGUGUGACGCCGAGCCGUCUGAGGACGCCUUCUCUGUUCAUGAAUUAAUACCAACACGAUGCUGUCUCUUCUGGCCUCUUUCAGACCAUCACAUCCUGCUUCUGUUUCUUCGUCUCUGCUCCCUCAUCCUCAGCUCUGUAAAAUGAAAUAAAUGGUUAUCAUGUGGAAA